AUCAUUUACAAAUGCACGAUUCGUCCUCAGAAGAAAACAUUGUCAGGAAGCAGAUCUAAUAUCUUGGACUGGAUUUUUACUGGAUUUUUUCUUUUCUUCGCAUUGAAUGGUUUUCUACUGUUUGCGUUUAUAUUAAUCAUCAACUUCCUCGUUGUCUGGAUUUAUACUUUUAACUGUAGUAAGUACAGUGUUCAGUCAUGAUAAUGAUGAGGACUUUGAUUGAGCCAGUGGUUGCUGGGGCACAGGUUGCUAGCUCUUUUUAUGAUACAGCAUUACUUUUUGUGGUCAAGGAUUAUUAUAACCGGACUGCUACAUCCUUAAACACAUCUCAUUCGGUCACACUACAGAAAGCCAUAUCAAACUUCUAUAUUAUUCACAACCUCAUUUUGGGAUUUACCCCAUUGUUGUCAGCAUAUAUCCUAGCAAAGAUUGGCGACAAUAACAGAAGAAAGGUCACAAUAUGUGUUCCAUUGCUUGGGUAUUUUUUAUCUAGGUGUUUUCUAUUGCUUGUCAUCUUUUUGGACUGGCCUAUUGAAGUGAUGUUUGGCUCUGCUGCUCUAAAUGGUUUAACAGGUUGGUUCACAACCUACUGGGCUGGGGUUAUGGCCUGGGCAGCCGUGGGCUCAACUGAAAAAAGACGAUCUUUCAAAUUCAUUGUCAUUGAAUUAGUUUAUGGACUAUCUGGUUGUGUGGGCAGCCUUGCUUCUGGACACAUCUUUGUAUCAUUUACAAUAACACAUAAUACAGGUGCAAUCCUAGUUAUAUGCAGUGUUUCACUUUAUUUGAUAUGCCUGUUAUAUAGUAUAUUUAUUUUAAAAGAGCCUUAUAAUGAAACAGCACUGCGUAAGAAUUCAGGUGAUGGAAUGGAUGAGCAAGAAGUCAAUAACGGAAACUUACCUGAACCAAAUGAGCGAUCUAACCUGCUGGGUGAAACGAAUGAACCUUUGGGGGGCCUCCCUGCUCUGACGCCAUCCAAAUUUUUCAUUGCUCUUCUUUUUGCUACUGCUAUAGUGUACAAUAUCUCUGUGGAUGGAGCCAUGGAUGUACUUUCUUUAUUUUUAAUUAAAGAACCUCUGAAGUUUAGUCCUACGUACAUUGGUUAUGCCAACGCUGCUGGUUAUUUUAUAUUUAUCACCAGUUUUUUGGGAGUUUGGAUUUUUUCCAGAUGUCUAAAGGAUGUAACUUUAAUUAUAAUGGGAAUAUUGUCCUUCUGCGCUGGUAUCUUCAUUAUGGCAUCUGUACGAUGGACUUUCUUGUAUUUCAUUGCUCGAGCUGUGAUGAUGUUUUCUUUGAUACCAAUGCCAACAAUAAGGUCUGUUUUAUCCAAACAUAUACAAGGAUCAUCAUAUGGAAAAGUCUUUGUUGUACUCCAACUGUCAUUAGCAAUUACAGGAAUUGUGACAUCAGUUUUAUUCAAUGAGAUCUACCAAGCCACGUUGACCUCGUUUGAUGGAACUUGCUUUAUUAUAUCAGGCAUCCUUUCCAUUCUGAGCCUCAUCCCUAUCAGUGUUGCUGCCUUUAAAUAUUCUUCAAUAUUCCAUCGUACCGGGGGUGCAUAAACAGAACUCAUCACACUAUAAUAAUUUCUUUACCGUUUAUUUUUGAAUGUUUAUAUAUUGUAUAUUGUUUUUAAUAAGUGAAUUAAAUUGUAUAUAUUGUUUGUUGAUAUAAUUAUUUUUGACAAAGGAAAUAGUUGAAUGCCUCUCGUCUAAAGGGUGCCUCACAAAGCUUGAUAGCAAGGUUUGGACAAGGCAGUUCCUUAAUGCAAAGUCACUACUAGUAGAAAGGCAUAUAAUUGUAAUAAUAAU